UGAUCAAUGUCUGUGGGUGAUAUAACACAGAAUUCGUUUACUGGAAUGGAGAAAAGCGGUCUACUUCCGACAUCGCCCCCAGCAUAUUCAGGACCGAACACUAGUAAUGAGUUGCAGGGAAAUUCAAGAAUUUCUGUAAUUGGAGCGGCAGGUAUUGUUACACCCGACCAGGUACAUGAACUAAGUCCUCCGCCGGCAUAUGACGCCAUCUUUACACGAAGAACUACAGAGCCCCCUAGACCACACAAAUCGAACAAUUACAAAGAAGAUGAUCGGAAUCUCUGGGAAAAAGUUCAUGAAUGGUUUGAAUUAUCAAUUCUACAACUGAUAAUAUGGUUGGCAUGGUUGGCCUUCUCGAUUUCCUUCAUUGUUUACGGCUUGAUGUAUGAUGGGCAAUGCAACUGGAAAAGGUAUAAUAAGAAGGGAAAAGUUGAACAACAAGAGGAUCUUACCGGGUUUAUGCGAGUCGAGGGAGGAGUCAUGUGUGGUACUAUCGUGUUUGUCCUCUUGUGUCGAUUGCUAGCCGUGCUGGACAGAUACCGGACGAAGCGCCACUCCCGGAGCGACCUUGAGGGCUAUAAAAAAUGUGGUGGACAUUUGUUUUUCCUUGGCCUUGGGUUGUAUAUUGCUAAUUUUGGACUGUGUAUUGCAGGAGCCUCCAAGAUUAUUCCAUUUUAUAAGGACAAGGGCUCAAAUACAACCUUCAAGUGUGAUCAAGAGUUCUAUAGCUUUUACUACUACGCCAAGAUCAUGGAGCUGGUCAUCUUGAUGCCCUAUGCGCUUUACGUCAUCCUUGCCUUGUUUUUUGUGCCUAACCUACAAAAGAAGUGGUUCCUACGACAUAAGUGGCGUCAGUGGGUCAGGCUUCUUGAUGCAGACCAAGAUGGCGUCAUCAGUGCAGACGACAUGGAGAAAACAAACGCGAAGCUGGAACGGAUUCGGAUACUUGUUGGUGCCAGAAAUACAGCAUUGUCGGGCGCAAACCAAAAGAAAUGGUGGAAUGACCACAUAUUUAAAUGUGGAGCCGGUAAAGAUAUAUCAAUUGAGGAUUACAUCAGUUACCUUGAAGGAACUGUUGGCGCGGCACCUCCCCAUGAAAGGGCAAAUAAAGUUAAGCCAUUCAUCACUGGAUUUUUCAACUUCUUUUCGACGGAAGACUAUCGGAAGAAGAACCUUAUUCUUGGAGAGGAAGACUUCGUCAAAUUUUGGACAAUUCUUGCUGAUGUUGAUGAACGUCACUGCAGAGAAAAGUUCGUCAAACACAUACCGACACCGUUAACUAUGGCGUAUUUCAUGGAGGAUUUUGUGGCCUUUACUUCGCACGAUGAAUUUUGGAAUGAAUACGGCAACAGAAUAUUCAACGUCCUUAAAGGUGAAAGAUCCGAUAGAUGCUGCAAAGCGUAGAAAGGACAUGGACUGUGUCGCACAUUAAGGUUCCUUGACCCCCUGUUAGCUGGUAUAAAAUUUUGCUUUAAUGCUAAUGACUUUCCAAAAUAAAUUUUAUUUUAUAAUUGAAAUUCACACGAUUUUGAAUACCUUACGGGGCAGAAGUUUGACAUAAGUUUGACUUAAUAAAUAACCUGAAAAUUUAUUAUAAAGAAAUUUUAGUCAAUUAUCACAUUAAGAGUUAUCUCCGUUAUCGGGGGGUCAUUAACCUUAAAAAUUAAAGUGUAAAGAUCUUGCAAAUGUUAAAGUAACUUAGCAUAAUAUGUUUUUAGUAUUAAUUGGAAG